UGGGUGAUGGAUGGUGUAUUGGCCUUAUAUUCUUGGUCAUAUGAGGUGACUGAUUUAGUAGGUGGUGUAUCAACAACAACUCAAAUGUCCCUUGGCUUUUUGUGGUUGUUUAUUCAGCCCUAGUAGGGAACAUAAAGGGGACAAGAAUGGGGAAUAUCUUGGUUGAUGUUGUGUUGGGAUAAUGAGGGAUAUUUGGCCUGGGGUUUAUAGAAAAGGAUAGAAGGUUUUAUUUGUUUAUUAAAAGGUUUAAAAGAAAGAAAAUAACAACAAACAAAGGUUGUGGUUUACACACUCUUAUUUUCGGCCAGGGCCUAAAAUAGGAGUAGGAAAACUUUAUUUUGAAAAGGAAAUAUUUUGGAUGUUUAGGGAAGGUAUGGAGAGUGUGGGCUCAGCCUAGGGUGGGUGUAGGACAACCAUGGUGUUGGGUUGGGUUCUAAGACAGGAAAAUGGAGAAGUUUCAACCCAAUUAAUGUCACCACACGAUCCUAAAUUUCAACCUGAUCUUUCAAGCACCUAUAAACCUGUGAAAUGCAAUAUUGAUUGCAGCUGCGACAGGGACAAUGACCAAUGCAUUUAUGAAAGGCAAUAUGCUGAGAUGAGUUCUAGCAGCGGGGUGCUUGGCGAGGACAUUAUUUCAUUUGGGAACCAAAGUGAGCUCAAACCUCAGCGAGCCACAUUUGGUUGUGAAAAUUUGGAAACUGGUGAUCUUUACAGUCAACAUGCUGAUGGCAUCAUGGGGUUGGGUCGUGGAGACCUCAGUAUAGUUGAUCAACUAGUUGAGAAAAAAGUAAUUACUGAUUCAUUCUCUUUGUGCUAUGGUGGGAUGGAUAUUGGUGGCGGUGCAAUGGUUCUUGGUGGAAUAUCACCUCCUGCCGAUAUGGUCUUUACUCAUUCAAAUCCAACGCGGAGUCUCGGGAUGGCAACAGCCCAUAUUACAAUAUAGAGCUGAAGGGGAUGUAUGUUGCUGGGAAAAAGCUAUCUAUCAACCCACGGGUCUUUGAUGGAAAGCAUGGAACUGUCCUUGAUAGCGGUACCACAUACGCUUACCUACCAGAAGAAGCAUUUAAAGCAUUUAAGCAUGCUGUCAUGAAUGAAGUUCGUUCACUGAAGAAGAUUGAUGGCCCAGAUCCAAACUACAAGGAUAUAUGUUUUUCUGGUGCUGGAAGUGACAUUUCCAAACUUCCAAAGGCAUUUCCAUCAAUUGAGAUGGCAUUUAGCAAUGGACAGAAACUAUCACUUUCUCCUGAAAACUACUUGUUCAGGCAUUCAAAGGUUCGUGGUGCUUAUUGCCUGGGGAUUUUUCAGAAUGGGAAGGAUCCUACAACUCUUUUAGGAGGGAUUGUCGUCCGCAACACACUAGUAACAUAUGAUCGUGAAAAUGAAAGGAUUGGUUUUUGGAAAACUAAUUGUUCUGAGCUAUGGGACAGACUAGGUGUACCUAGCGCACCUCCACCUUUGCCUUCAGAAUUGACUAACCAGAAUUCAACUGCAAAUAUGGCCUUGCCUCCUGCUGAGAUUCCAAGGAACAUUACUUCAGAGGAAAUAAAAGUAGGCUAUCUGACGGUAUACUUGUCACUUAGCAAAAACUAUUCAGAUCUGAAGCCCAAAAUUUCAGAAUUUAACAAAUUGGUUGCCCAGGAGUUGCGUAUUAAAAUUUCUCAGGUCCAGUUAUUAAACUUUUCAUCAAGCGGAAAUGAAUCCCUAAUUAAAUUGGCUAUUUUUCCUAUGAAACCUGCAUAUUACAUGCAAAAUGCCACUGCUAUGGAAAUUGUCUCAAGCUUAGCUGAACAUCGUUUACACCUUCCUGAGAAAUUUGGAAGUUAUAAAUUGCUGGAGUGGAGUGUUGAGACCCCUCAAAAACGGACAUGGUGGCAACAAAAUGUGAUGGCUAUAGUUGUCGCAUUAGCAGUUGUAGCGAUACUUGGAUUAUCAGCUUCGUUGGGAUGGUUCAUUUGGACGCGUAGACAAUCACCCAUGUCGUAUAAGCCUGUAAAUAUUGCAAGCCCUGAACAAGAACUCCAACCGCUAUGAAUAUAUAUAUAUAUAUAUAUAUAUAGUCUGUACCAGAAAAUCGGGAACUGUAUUUCUUUCUUUUUAAACCCGAGUUACAGGUUCAUGGAAGUUUUGUCUUUAUAGUGGUCUCCAGAUAUGUAAGUGAAUGUUUCAUGAUAUCUUUAAACUGAAAACCAUUUCAAUUAUGUUUGAUCCUUGUGCUGUUAUUUCAUUUGCACUAUGUUUGGUUCAAGUAAUUUGGAAAGAAAAGAAAAAUAAAAGUUUUUCCUCAUU